GGGUAGUUUCUUUUGUAUUCAAAUAUCCAGAUUUAGGUUUCAUUUAACCCCUGCGUUUUAUUUCCGGUUAUUAGUCCCAUAAGGUUCACAUGAAUAGUGUGUACAUAUAUACACAUCUUGCAUGAUCUCCUUUUUCUAGUUGUGUGUGUGUGUGUGAUCGGUAAGCUGCGUGUAAAGUCUUAUACUAGUGCGCAGUAACAACGCAGGUAAUGCUAGCUUUAGCCACAGUGUUGUAUGGUAACUAGUAAACAAGUAAACAUCAGCAAAGAGGCAGCGCGCGCAGGUGACCGGUAAUGUCACAGAUCUUCUUCGUCUUCGUUGUCUUAUGACUGUACACGUGAACAUCAUUUUCUAGGAAAAGCAAUGGCAUUCAGGAGAGACAGGAGUAUCCGGGACAUGUACGAGCAGCGGUUCCAUCAAGACAGAGCUGCCCCUUAUCCAAGAGGAGCUGGUGGGGAAAGGAGAGCUUUUGGACGUCCUGAUGAAGACUACACUCGAAACUUUGACUAUGACUCUCCUCGCUUUUACCCCAACGGUGGUCCCAGAAACUACCACAAUGAAGAUAAGAAGGGUUACCAAAGUGACAGCUAUUUCUCGAAUGAAUCCAGAGGAGGCCCAGCUAAUCGAAGGGAUGACUACCCUUAUUACAGAGGACCUAAAGAUGAUGCUCAUUCUGGACGCCAGGGGGAUUUCAGAGGCCGCAGUCGAGUUGUCUCCUCUCCCAAUGCUCGUGUCCAGGGCUCGUACCCUGCUCCCAGAUCCCUGUCAGCAGCGGGCCCCAACCCAGGAGAUGACACAUUAAUCCAGGCCAUUAUGAACUUGGACCGAGGGGAGGAGAGGGAAGGUCUGCGGCGUAAAGCGCCCUUUCCUCCAGUACACGACUGUUCUCCUACUCGGCAGGAUGUGUCUCCGUCCCCUCACAGCCGCUCUGGAUCCAGCAUUAGCAGCCGAAGCUACUCUCCGGACCGGGGCAAGAGCCACACAUACCAGCCUCCUCUGGGAAAAAACAGGGACAGAGCCCCAGGCCCCGCUGUCAGCGUGUCCCGAGACGGAUCGCCACAUAGUUCUGUAUCAGCCUCUAAAGAAGAAAUGCCAGUGAUAGAGCGUCAAACAGAUGAACCUCUGGCUCCUGCAGAUGAAGCCACUACCAUUGCAGAUGACUUCCACGAACGGCGAGCUCAAGCUAUUGCAGCCAAAGCAAGAGAAAUAGAGAAGGUGUAUCGCCAAGACUGUGAGACGUUUGGGAUGGUGGUGAAGAUGCUCGUAGCCAAAGACCCUAGUCUGGAGAAGCACCUGCAGAACCCUUUGAAAGAAAACCUGGGUGAGAUUCGUGAGCGAUGUCUUGAGGAUCUGCGACAUUUUAUCUCAGAACUAGAUGAGGUAGUUCGUCAACCGGAACCUACGGUCUGAGGUGCCCGCAUCACAUCUGGGCGAAAACCUUCAUCGUUGUUCUGAAUGCACAUCUUCAAGAUGUGUAAUAUUUUGGAACAUUAUUUUUUCAUCAGAAAUGUUGUUGAAUUUAGUUAUAUUUAGUGUACUGCCCCAAGCUAGUCCAUCUAAGAGGAUUAUGUGGCCUGUCGUUAGUAUUGUAAAUAAAUACUAAUUGUAUUGAUACAGUAUUAAUUCAUAAAUGUUUUCAACUUAAAUUGCUUAAUCUAGAGGGGUUUUUUUGUAGCAGUACCAUGUGUAAAUAUUGAUCAUGGAUUAUUAUGAAUUGAAAUUGGUCUUUUCAAAAUUUUAUUGGAAGUUUCCAGUAUAUCACUGUUUAUCUCUGUAAAUCAAUAAAGAUGGCAUAUUCUA